AUGCUGGCAAAGGAAGUCCUACUUUGGGUUUGCGAAGAGGUAAAACGUUGUUCUGCUCACCAGGUUCAUACAGGGGGAGAAGAUGAGAGCGGACCUGUUGAGCAGAAGAGGACAACUUCUACCGACAGAGUGGACGUUGCACCUGGAGGAGAAAGCUUCAAAGAUAAGAAAGCCCGGGAGCAGAAAGCCACAGCAGGCUCAUGGCAUAACUGGAACACGUUAUUCUUGGGCAGUGGAGCUGUCAUAGACAUCAUGGCUGAAAAGUAUAAAAGAUCAAAGCAAGAGAUUCUAGAAUCUGAAGGCAAGCAAAGUGUUGCAGUAAAUCUGGCGUUAGGGGAAUCUCAGAUUGUUGAUGAAACCAGACGGUUUUUGGAAGAAAAUGGUAUAUCCUUAGAUGCGUUCACUAGCCCUGGCGUGCAGAGGUCAAGCACGGUAAUACUCGUCAAGAAUUUACCUGCCAACACAACAGCUCAGGAAUUGUUCCAGAUUUUUUCCCGAUACGGAGAGCUUGGGAGAGUGGUUCUUCCUCCUGCUGGUGUAACAGGAAUUGUGGAGUAUCUAGAUCCAGGAGAGGCAAAGAAAGGUUUCCGUAGCCUAGCGUACAGCAAAUUUCACUAUUUGCCUCUGUAUCUUGAGUGGGCUCCUCAGCAAGUAUUCAAGAGUGAUGCUGCGCAAAAAUCAAAGUCGUCAACGGAUAUGAAAACUGAGCCACAGGGUGAAGGUAAAGAAAUAAAAAAAGAGAAAUCAUCAGAGCCAGGAAAGGAGGAGGAAAAUCAGUCCAAAAAGUUACCAGCUCCUGAACCCAACACCACUGUCUAUGUCAAGAAUCUUAAUUUCAGUACAACAGAAAAGGUUCUAAAGAAGCAUUUCACAAGAGCAGGUCCAGUCCACUCAGUUUUGAUUGCCAAGAGACGAGGACUCUCCCAAGGAUACGGCUUCGUACAGUUCAUCAAGCAGUCGGAUGCACAGAAAGCAUUGAGAGAAAUGCAGGACUCUCUGUUAGAAGAAAAGAACCUGCAAAUAAAAUUAUCCGAGAAGACUUUAGCGACACCUGUCACAAGUGCAAGAAUGAUGCAUGACAUUGGUGAACAACACUCAAGUAAAAUCCUUGUCAAGAAUAUUCCUUUUGAAGCCACAAGAAAGGAAAUUCGCCAGCUUUUUGCCACUUUCGGAGAGCUGAAAUCAGUGAGGCUGCCAAAUAAACCGGCCACCCAGGACCACAGAGGGUUCGGCUUUGUUGAUUUUGUAACGCGAGAGGAAGCUAAGAAAGCUUUUGAAGCACUCUGCCACAGCACCCAUCUAUAGGGAGAACGUCUGGUUUUGG